AUGUCUUUUGAUCGCCUGAACUCACUAGAGGCUCAGCCUACCACUAUGCGCCGAGACGAUGACCCGCAGUACCGCGACGAUCCUGGCUUCGACCAUCUAGCCGAGUCACUUUCCGACCAGAUCUUUUCACUGACCUCGAAUACUACUCGCUUGUCGAGUCAGAUUGCUCUUCUUGGUACAAAGCGGGAUACUGAGCGGGUGCGUGAGCGGGUCCACAACCUCCUAGAGGAGACUCGAGCGGGGUUCAAGGAAACGGGAGAAGGACUUAAGAAGAUCCAAACAUGGGAGGACGUUAAUCCCUCUCAAAAGUGGACCCAGCAGAAGCUAUCAUCUGAGUUCAAAGCCAACCUUGAGGAAUUCCAGACCGUCCAACGCCGGGCAUUAGAAAAACAACGCGCAUCUGCUGUAGCCGCCCGCACGGCUAUUGAUGACGGUGAACAACCAUCCGGAGAUGCCGACGUUCAGCUCCAAGAACAGCAACUCCUAGAACAGCCACGUUUAGCUCACCAGGGGGAGGUGGAUUUCCAAGAGACUUUGAUCAUCGAGCGGGAGGCAGAGAUCCGCAAUAUCGAACAGAGUGUCGGAGAAUUAAACGAAUUGUUCCGAGAUGUUGCUCACAUUGUUGGGGAGCAAGGUGGCCAACUUGAUAUCAUCAGCGAAAACGUCCAAAACGUUACCCAGGACACACGGGGCGCAAAUGUUGAACUGCGUGGUGCCAGCCGAUACCAGAAGAAUGCGCGCAACAAGGCCUGCUGCUUGUUUGUCAUCCUCGCUGUUAUCUUGCUUAUCAUUGUGCUUGCAAUUGUCCUUGGAUAG